AUGGUUGCCAUUCAGCAAUUUGCCGUUGCCAGUUUCGCCAUGUGCAGCAUGGUUCAGACGGCCAUGGCUUUUAGGACCGAGAGUGCCAAAGGCCUCACGCUUCGUGACUUGGAAGAGCGCGGUGCUGCCAUGUCCGUUGUCAAGGCCGCGACCAAGGGUGGCAAGAAGGGGAAUGGCAAGAGAUCUCUUGGUGAGCGUGGUGCCGCCAUGUCUGUUGUCAAGGCCGCGACUAAGGGUGGUAAGAAGGGGAGUAAGAGAUCUCUUAGUGAGCGCGGUGCUGCCAUGUCUGUUGUCAAGGCUGCGACAAAGGGUGGCAAGAAGGCGGGCAAGAGAUCUCUUGGUGAGCGCGGUGCUGCCAUGUCUGUUGUCAAGGCUGCGACCAAGGGCGGCAAGAAGGCGGGCAAGAGAUCUCUUGGUGAGCGUGGUGCUGCCAUGUCUGUUGUCAAGGCUGCCACCAAGGGUGCUAAGAAGGGGAACAAGAGAUCUCUUAGUGAACGUGGUGCUGCCAUGUCUGUUGUCAAGGCUGCGACUAAGGGUGCUAAGAAGGGGAAUAAGAGAUCUCUCGAUUAG